AUGUUUAAAAUACAAUCAAAAAUAAACUAAAAGUAAAAAAAAGUAUUCUUUAUAUACAAUGAUGAUAUUAAAUAUUUACAAUGGCUUUCUGAUAACAAAAAAUACACACAAUCAAGAAUUCUAUUAACUGAUAUAUAAUAGAUACAAUCUAACUAUACAUUAAAAAAUAGAGAUCCCAAAAAACUUUUUUAUAUAUAAUCUUCUAAAUAUAAACUUCUUUUAGAAUUUUUUUCUGAAAACGAUAAAAUCACAUUUUAAUAAGGACUUAAUUUUUUUAUUGAAAAAGCCUAAGAAAUCGAAAUAAUUGAAAAAUAAUAAGAUUAAAUAAAAUAUAUGGCUAAGAACUUAUUUUUAAAUGCUGAUACUGAUGGAAAUCGAUAAUUAGAUUAUCAAGAAAUUUUUUAACUUUUAAAAAGCCUACAAAUAAGUAUAAAUGAUAAAUAUUUGCGUUAAAUUUUCAAAUAAUUUGAUAUAAAUAAAAACGGCUAAAUUGAAUAAGAAGAGCUAGUUUUUAUAAUUAGAGAUAUUUCUAAAAAAAUAGAAUUAUAGGAAAUUUUUAAUAAAUACUCAUUAUCCGGGUUUAUGAUGCCUGAAUAAUAUUAAUAAUUUUUGAGUAAAGAAUAAAAGGAAUAAGUACCUAUAAAUAAAGUUCAUGAAAUAUUCAAAAGCAUAUGUUUAGAUAAUAAUUAAUAAAAUCUAAAAAUAGAAUUUUAUUAAUUUAGUAAUCUUAUUUUUAAUGAAAACAAUAAUAUAUUAAACCCUAUGGAACAAGAAAUACAUUAAGUAAAAUUUAUUUUUUAUUUAUAAGUUAUAAUAUUAAAGGAUAUGGAUCAUCCAUUGACAGAUUAUUUCAUUAACUCAUCCCAUAAUACAUACUUAAUGUCAAAUUAAUUAAUUGGAUAAUCCUCUAUUUAAGCAUAUAUUAAUGCUUUUUAAAAAGGUUGCAGAUGUGUAGAAUUAGAUUGUUGGGAUGGAGCAAACGAUGAACCAACAGUAUAUCAUGGAUAUACAUUAACAUCUAAAUUGCUAUUUAAAGAUAUUUUAAAUUGCGUGAAUGAAUAUGGGUUUAAAUAUAGUUAAUAUCCUAUUAUUUUAUCUUUAGAAAAUCAUUGUACAAUAAAAUAUUAGAAAAAAAUGGCUUAGUAUAUGUAGGAUAUACUUAAAGAAAAAUUGUAUAUAGUACCACUUAAUUGGGAAUAGUUAAAUGAUUAUAAAUCUCCGAAUUAAUUAAGGAAUAUGGUUAUAGUUAAAAAUAAAGGGAAAGUUGAUAAAAUUUACUCAAAUAUAGAAGAGAUUAGUGAUUCAGAUAAUGAAAACAAUUGUAUAAAAAGAAAGAUAUAAUAAUAGCAAGAAUUAUAAAAAGUAAAAUAAUAAUAAUAUUAACAAGAAUAAUAAAAAUUAAAAAAUGAUUUUUAGGAAGAAUAAGAAAAAAUAAAAUAAUAACAAUAACAAUAGUAAUACUUAUCCUAAAAAGAUGACAAAACAAUAAAUAAAUUACUAUAAGAAUAAUAAAGAAUAAAAACCUAAUCAUCAAAAGAAUUAGAUGAAUAUGACGAUAGACUACAAAAGAACUCCAAGAAAAACAACAUAAAAAAAUAAAAAUAAAUAAAAGAAUGUAUAGAACUUCUCAGAGUAACUUCAUUGUUUGGUUGUCAUAUGAGAAUCGAAGAUACCUAAAAAAGAUGUUGGUAAAUAAGUUCCAUUGACGAAAGUAAAGUCGAAAAAUUACUAACCACAAAACCCAAAGAACUUGUAGACAUUAAUAAAUAAGCUUUCACCCGUGUGUAUCCAGGUGGACUAAGAAUAGAUUCUUCAAAUUACAAUCCUAUAAACGGAUUUUUGUCUGGCUCUUAAAUAAUUGCUUUGAAUUUCUAAACGAAUGAUUUUUUCUUGUUAUUAUAUUUAUCUAUAUUUUAAUAAAAUGGAGACAUUAAAUGCGGUUUUGUUUUAAAACCAUAAUAUAUGUUAAAAUAUGAAAAAAAUCCUUAAUAUCCAUUUAUGAUGAGUUAAGUAAGGAAAAUUAUUAAAAUAAAAGUAAUUAGUGCUUCCUAGUUAAUUUAUGAAAAUUAAGACUCUGAUAUUAUGGAUCCUUAUGUGGAAGUUUCGGUUUGGGGAAGUGAAUUAGAUAGAGAAAACAAUUAGACUAAAAUCACUAAUUAUGUAAAUAAUAAUGGUUUUCAUCCAAUUUUUGAGGAUAAUGAAUUCACUUUUUAGUUCGUUUGUCCAGAAAUUGCUUAAGUUAUUUUUAAGGUUAAAGAUAGUGAUUAUGGAAAAGAUGUAACUAUUGGAUAGUUUGCGAUACCUGUUAAUUGUAUUAGGUAAGGAUAUAGGAUUGUCUAGUUGAGAAAUAGUUAACUUAAUUUUUUCUAAAACUCGUUUAUACUUGUUCAUAUUUAAAUUAUAGAUUAAUGA